UAAGUCCAUAUCCCCAAUGCAUAUAUUUUUAGUUGGGAAGAGAUUUCACAACUAACAGAAGGGAAUUUGGAAUUGACAGAAGCUAUGUUCAGAGCAUCAUCUUUCGAUGCCCCUCUUGCAAGAAAGGCUGUUUUUCAGCUGAUGACGAAUUCAAACUGAGACAAUUAAGCGCUACAGACGAGAACAUGACUCAGCAAUUUCAGUGUGUGCCCAAAGUACUUUAUUCAGAACAAGUAUUGAUGGAAAAUCAAGAUGAAAUAACCCAGCUUGAGAAGGCAAGGUUUCCUUCCAUGGUCGCCCAUGUACCUGACAAAACGUGUAUCUGGUAUGACCGAAAAUGUAAGUCUUUUUCAUUUGGUGGUCUUAUAAAUUCCUAAAAAAUAAAUACCUAUGGUUUCGGGUUUCAUAUCAUGAAAAAAUUAGGGUAGGUAGGUCAGAAAUAAAUAUUUUUUUGAAUAUUUUUUUCAUGGUUUUUGUGGUUUUUUGCUGGGCGAUUUGCAGAGUCCCGACAUCAAUAUUAACUAGAGAUGCGUAUUCCUAUGGACGAAUUUAGGCAAUUUGGUUCAAUAAUUAGUGUGACAACAGACAUCAUUUUAACACGCUGUAUGAGCAGUCCGCAACCACCCGGAGAAAAUAGUGUUGCACGGUCAAUUGCAUCGAACAAAUAAUAGGGUCAGCAGAAAAAAUAGGUUCGGUCGGAAAACCGGAACCACAGGUAUUUUUUUAGGGUAAUGUACAGUUUGUACACUGACUGAUCGUAAAACAAGAAUUAUGGUUGUUCUAAGCAGUAUUCCUGCUGUAUUUCUAGCCAUAGCAGAUACGACAAACAGGUUUGACAAACUGGUGAUGGUUUUGAGUGAAAUGAGAGGUGAGAUGGCUCUCUCUGCCAAGGGUGAUCCACAAGCCAAACAAAGACUCGAAGCAAGUAAGAAAUAAUGUUCUUUUUUAUACUGAAUAGCUCUAUCAAUUCUAGACUGGUCCAGUAAGGAUCAUCUCUUAUUGAUCCAGUGUUACUACAGGAAGAAACCUAAACUAAACUAACUUUAUUUAUACUGGAUAACUCUAUCAGUUCUAGACUGUUCUUCCUAGAGGUCCAGUAAGGAUAAUUUCUUAUUGAUCCAGUGUUACUACAGGAGGAAACCUAAACUAAACUAACUUUAUUUAUACUGGAUAACUCUAUCAGUUCUAAACUGUUCUUCCUAGAGGUCCAGUAAGGAUCAUCUCUUAUUGAUCCAGUGUUACUACAGGAGGAAACCUAAACUAAACAAACUUUAUUUAUAUUGGAUAGCUCUAUCAGUUCUAAACUGUUUUUCCUAGAGGUCCAGUAAGAAUCAUCUCUUAUUGAUCCACCAAGGUUUAGAGCUAAUCCAGCGUUGAACCAGUGGCCCCUGAGCUGUAUUCACUUUCCAUUUUAUAGAGCUUUACUGUGCGCAACUGUUGAUCAACGACCAUUCAAAGACCGUCCAAAAAUCACUCAUCCUUGAAGACUCUCCAAGGGUAUUUCGAACUGAGUUACUGGAACUCGAGCAAGAAUACAAACAAACAGAUCAGGCAGGUAUUUUUAGCUCUGACAUCACAGAUAUGUUAGCUCAUGUUAAAGCCCACAAGUUAAUCCUAUCACCACUUAUCGUCAAAGAAAUUGAAGAUUUUGUUACACUACAAACUGACGAGUGUUUAGAGGAAAGUACAAGGUAAUGGUUGGAAAGUAGGGGAUAUAGUUUGGAUUCACUGUUGUGCAGCAGAUAUGGUGGUCGACCUGCGGUUAUUGAAAAAUUAAUGUAAAUUAUUUUCAUUAUAUGUAGUAGUCUUGUAUUUGGUGGCAAAUAAACAGAACUGAGAGAUGUACCUACGAUUCCUAUAGCCCUAUAGGUGAUGUGCAACCAUUCCCAUGGGAUUCAAAGGACAAAGAGAUUUUUGCCAUGUUGGAUGAUAUUUGCAUUGCAAACAAGCAAAAUCCUUUGUCAUCCAACAUGGCGACGGUGACAUAACUUGCACACCACCUAUAGAAAUUCCGUUAGGAAAUGCAAUUUUCUGUACCAAUCCGUAUGGGAAAUUUUAUUCCUAUAGAAAUUCCUAUAGGAAUUUGAAGUUUCUCUAGGAAUUUCUACUAGGGUUGUAUGGGAACUGGGAAGUUAAUAUUCAUCUUGCUUGGUGUUAAUCAAAUAAAUAACAGUAUGAACUAACAAAUUAUCUAACACCGCAGCGUCACUCAAAGUCAAAGGCAAUUAUAAAACUAUAAAUACGAGAAUGUUAUAUACAUUGUACAGUACAAAAUACAAAAUAUAAUUUUGUAUUACUAACAUUUAUAUUCGUUGCAUAAUUGAAUUUUGUUACAAUUAUUUGAAGUUUAUAAAUGUUUUUGUUUAUUAAAAUAAAUUUUUUCAUUAUAAUAACAUUUAAUUACACAACAACUUUAGAAACAACAACCGAAUGAUAUUUACAUUCCAUAAUGCAGUCCCAAAAAGUUUCCCCAGUGGAUAUUUAUAGCAAUGAUGUACCCCGUUAUUCAUGUUUUACUACAGCAAUACUAUAUAUGGUGAAAUAUUUAAAACAGUGCUGAAACAUAUCAGCGCUGCUAGGACAUUUAAAAAAAAUUUUGGCAUGAAAUUUUCUUGCACCUUGCAAGAAAUUUUUGUCAUCUUAUCUGCUGGAAUAUCAUAAAAUUUACUUCUUGUUUAAAUAUUUGAAAAGGAUUUUGCAAGUCGAGAUUGUUUUGUGCCGAGAUUGAAAUUUAUCACAAUGGGCGGACGAUACGUUCUCUGAAAUCUACAUAUGCAGGAAGUUUUGUAAUUUGACUUGCCCAGGAAAUUUUGAAUUUUUUGAUUUUGUUGCCCGAGAAAUAUAUUUUCUAGGACUGAUUUAAAACCGUAUGUUGAUACUCCAUAUACCAGCUGGAUUUAUUUUAUAAAUAUAGUAUCUUGCCAGGAUUCAUUAUAUUGUGUGGGUCGAGUGUUUUCUUAAUGUUCUUCAUAACCUCAAUUCCUGGACUUCCAAUUUCAUCUUUCAAUAAAUCCAUUUUCCCCAUUCCAAUACCAUGUUCCCCGGUACACGUGCCGUCCAAUGCUAGGGCGUGUCUAGGAGUAGUAUACAGGAUUAGCACUUUGAAUAUUAUAAUGUUUCACCCAAGAUAAGUAACGUGUGAUAAGAAAAGGCAAGAACAUGAUGAUCGAAUGUGGAAUUGGAACAUCAGAAAGCUGUGGAGGGUUACACAACUACAAGUAAAAUACAAAUAAAACGUGCACGUUUCUAGUGCAGGCCCUUCCUUGGAAACAUACAGGAAGUACAAAGUACUAACUUCCCUUCAUCAGGAAGAAAGUUUGUGUUUUUCAAGUAGUUCAAUCCGUAGUUUUCUCGUGUUAUUGUCACUAUACCUACGGUCGCACAGACCGUUUGAAUUCUAGAAUAAACUGCCGUGGUUGGUGUCUGAACUACCAGAAAUGUGAGAGUCCAGUGUAGAUAGUAGAGAGGUUAAGAUACCCCGGUUUCGGUGUACGGGUAGCAUGAUUUUGGUUAGCAAUAUUUUCGUCGAUGUCUGUACCUUUACUCGUAAUUAAGGUGCACAUUUUUCGCAUUAUAUCAUUGUCUAUUGCAAGAAAACAGAAAAAGUAUGAUCGAAUUACAGACAUCAGUAAAACAAGAUGACACUACUCGUACCCGUACACCGAAACCGGGGUAUCUUAUUAACCUCUCCAAUAUUCUACCAAGGUGCGAGAUAAUUCAAUAUUUUUACUCGUACCUGACUGGUACGCUUAAUGAUUAUUGCUGUGUACUUGAGCUGGUUAAAGUGUACUUAGUCUUUCAAUUAAAGUACACAAAGCACUUGUUUCUGAAAGGUGUUCAUUUAGUAACUUGAAAAAUUAUAACAAGCAGCACAAUUGUAUAUACAAACACUACAAUCGACUCUAACGUUGCCUAUAGUCCAAUCAUGUUUCAGGGCAAGGCAUGUGAGACAUGUACCGACUUAAUUUCGGUUUUGAAUACUUGGGUUUGGGAAGGUCAUAUAUGGCAGAAGCAAAAAGUAAAUACGCCGCGAUACUGUAGCAAGAGUUCCGAGUACCUACGUGGUACGUGGCUAAAAACAAAGAAUUACCAGACCGUAAUAUUGGCGUACCUCCAGUACGUAAGUACGCGAAUUAUCACACCCUGAAUUUCCUACAAUAACAUGUGUGAAAAACGUAGGGUUUUUCGCUGUAAAAAUAGACAUGUUUUCUUGACCGGCACUACCUAACAGGAAGUCUGUAACUGCAGAUUUCUUAAUGACUACGGGGAGGAGGGAACAAUAGACUCUGGGAAUAGUAAACAUGUCGUACCUUGCGACUCUUUCAGUCAGAUCUUUUGCUCUGGCUUUCUCCUCUGCAUCAUUUGGAUCAAACAAAACCAGAAGAUGAAAAUUCCCAUCACCUACAUGACCUACCAGUGGCGCUAGGAAAAAACAGAUCCUGUUUAUAUUCUUAUCAUAAAAUUAAAAUUCCACAUUGAAUUUAUAAAGUAUGUUAUUGCGUUCGAUGUGUUGUCUUCUCACAUGUGAGAAGAAUGCUACCAAUUUGACCACACACCACAGACUUUCUUCGGCUAUUUUUGUUUUCUACUGUAGUAACACUGGAUCAAUAAGAGACGAUCUCACUGGACCUCUAGGAAGAACAGUUUAGAACUGAUAGAGCUAUCCAGUAUAAAUAAAGUUAGUUUAGUUUAGGUUUCCUCCUGUAGUAACAUUGGAUCAAUAAGAGAUGAUCUCUUACUGGACCUCUAGGAAGAACAGUUUAGAACUGAUAGAACUAUCCAGCAUAAAUAAAGUUAGUUUAGUUUAGGUUUCCUCCUGCAGCAACACUGGAUCAAUAAGAGAUGAUCCUUACUGGACCUCUAGGAAGAACAGUUUAGAACUGAUAGAGCUAUCCAGAAUAAAGAAAGUUAGUUUAGUUUAGGUUUCCUCCUGUAGCAACACUGGAUCAAUAAGAGAUGAUCCUUACUAGACCUGUAGGAAGAACAGUUUAGAUCUGAUAGAGCUAUCCAGUAUAAAUAAACUUAGUUAGGUUUCUUCCUGUUGUAACACUGGAUCAAUAAGGAUCUUCAUAAAAAGGCGUGUGAAUUAAACAAGUCAUUUAUUAUUGGCGCCGAUGAGGUGAUUAAGAUUCGGGCUUACGGUUCGUGAAACUUGGCAAUGAUACAUAUACGUGAUGUUUUUCACAAGUCAUUAAGAACAAAUCUUCAAAGUCCUUGAAUUUGAAAACAAAAAUUCAAGUCCUUAAAUUUGUAAAGAUGCACUUGAAAGUCCUUAAAUUAUCCUUGCUUUAGUUUAUGGAUAUUUCCUGAAAUUGUUUGGCAUUCAAAACGGACAUUUUGUUGAAUUGAUUUUGCAUGUUCAUAUCUGACAAAGCUGUUUGAAAUUCAUUAAGAUGCGUUUUGAACAAUUCAACGUCUGAAUUUCUAACGCCUUCAGUAUUUAAGUCUUUGAAUUUGCUGAUACAUGGCCUUGAAUGUCCUUAAAAAAUCCUUGAAUUGGACUUUUCCUAACAUGUACGAACCGUCCCUGGUUAUAUAACUCGUUAUCUAUGUUUAAGUUUAAGGCUGCUUUCCAGUUAAGGAUUUUUCACACAUUCUUUUAGAGAAGUUAGCAAUCCGUGACCUGAACAAUUGGGUAACUUAAAAAUUGCAAUUGGUGGUUUUGGCAAAAAUACAAUGUGCACUUCACGAUGAAGGAGCAUAUUUUGCAUAAACGUUGACUAACAUAGACAAUGAGUUGUUAUUCUGAUGAGUUUCUAAACCAUCCCUUGUAUGAAUCAUGUGCUCACCUAUUAAUGAAAGGUUGCCAAUAUCUUCUUUUGUUUUCGUGAUAAUCUCUGGCAGAUUUGAUAUAGGGACACAAACAUCCGUCACCAAACCCUAGAAGGCAAACAAGAAAAUCCACUUACACAACUUCACCCCAUAAGGCAAGUAUGAAUAACUUUUUUUUAUUCCCUCUCCUCGGAUGUCCCUCCCCAAUUCACUCUUGAGAGAUGGAGAUGAUUUUUCCUUCGACCUGCCAACAUUUAGUAAAGGUUUUGAACUAACUUCAAUAUACUGGAUAGCCCUAUCAGUUCUAACUUCUAAGUUCUUCCUAGAGGUCAAUACUUGAUCCGGCGUUAGUACAGGAGGAAAUCUAAUCUAAUUUUAUACUGAUUACUGGAUCAAGCUCUAUCAGUUCUAAGUCCUUCCUAGAGGUCAAGUAUUGACCCAGUGGUAGUACAGAAGGAAACCUAAUCUAAUUUUAUACUGAUUACUGGAUAGUCUAUCAGUUCUGAGUUCUUCCUAGACGUCAAGUAUUCAUCCAUUGUUAGUACAGGACGAAACCUAAUCUAAUUUUAUACUGGAUAGUUCUAUCAGUUCUAAACUGUUCUUCCUAGAGGUCCUGUAAGGAUCAUCUCUUAUUGAUCCAGUGUUACUACAGGAGGAAACCUAAACUAACUUUAUUUAUACUGGACAGCUCUAUCAGUUCUAAACUCUUCUUCCUAGAGAUCCUUAUUGACCCUUGAAGACAGAGAAGAUCCAUUUACAAAAAUUCUCCCGCAAGGCAAGUACUGAUAACUUUUUUGAUCAAUAGUGAUUAGCGAGAAUUAAACUGUGCGCCUGGGAUGACCCCUCCCAGCUCAUCAGCAAAUGAAAAAAAAGUCAUUGUAGGUUGCCAUCUCUCUAGAGAUAAGUCUUCCGUCUUAGUUGAUGGCGUGAUGCGAUUGAUCAAUGACUCUCAUCCAUUUGCUAGCCGGCACUGGUGACAGAUUUGAUUAGACUGCUGUGGUUUCCCAGUGAAUUAAUUCUGCUAAAUGGGUCACCCUUCCUGUAUUUUAAAUUAAAGAGUUUAUGAAAUUUCGUAUUUCACACCUUUUUUAUUACAUUGUAAUGAAAAUGAAUAAGACACUUUGCCAGACUCUCUGAGCUUGUUUCUGUGCUUCUAUACCUGUAUUUAACAAUGUUUGAUAUUCAAAUUGUCCAACACUAAGUCGUCAAGUUACAUAAUGGCUCUCUUAAAAACACCCUCGUUCAAACUUUGACAAGAGUUUUAACUACGUGUGGUAAUCUUCAGUCAACUCUUGUUCUCGUUUGACCGGGGCAUGAGAGUUGAGAAAACUCUCAUACAAACUCUCGCUUCUCAGCUCUCAUUAACUCUCAUGCAACUCUUGUUCUCGUGUGACCGGGGCAUGAGAGUUGAGAAAACUCUCAUACAAACUCUUGCUUCUCAACUCUCAUCCUCGAUUAAUCCGAGCUUUACCACGUGACACAACCUCGUACCCAGGCUCUUUAGUAGUUAAUAGCGUUCAGAGCUCUGGGCGAGCUUUUAGGCGCGCGGGGAAUCUUGGGCCCCGCUCGCUUAGCUCACCCAGAGCUCUGAGCGGUACGAGGCUGCACGUGACAUAUCUCCCCCCUCCCCGCCCUUACCUUACACCCUGGUCUCAAAUUAAGAGCGGCAUAUAAUGCGUCAUGUCGUGCUUGCCAUAAUUUGUUUCUCUCUUCAGCCUUCGUCGACCACACGAAAUCUGAGCCACCAUUACUUUGGACAAUCUCACCUGAAACGAGAGAUGCA